AGAACGCAAGGUGUCAGUACAAUACAAGAAUACAUUUCAAAUGUUUCUCCCCCUAUAUUUCUGCCAUUGUUGGUCUGUCAAACGCUAUGCACGGAGGACGGCCGUUAGCACGACGAUAAAAGGAGUCAACUAAACGAUGUUUUUUAUGCUAAAAUAAACGUUUCUUUUCUUUUGAUUCGACAAGUAUGCCAAUGAAGUGGUCGUAUCAGUGGUUUCAUCGUGUCUAAGGGGUACUUUAGUCGCCAUGAAUGACAACAGACAAAGGAGGAUAUGGGACUGCUGGAGGACUGUUUUGCAGAUAUCAUUGCUGCUGUGCUUGGGAAAACAGGUUGCGGCUCAAAUAAGGUAUUCCAUUCCAGAAGAGGUAAAAGAAGGAUCAACUGUAGGAAAUAUUGCUAAGGACUUGGGCCUUGAUGUUAGUACUUUAGUAGAAAGAAGGCUUCGUCUCGUUCCUGGCUCUGAUAUCUCCAUUUUCCAGUUAAACUUAAACAAUGGCGUUUUAUACGUAAAUAAGGAAAUCGAUAGAGAGAAAAUAUGUGAUGGGAACCAUCCAUGCUUGAUCAAUCUAAAAAUAGUUGUUGAAGAUCCUCUUGAGAUUCAUUAUAUAGGAGUUGAAAUUACAGAUGUAAAUGACCAUUCUCCUAUAUUUACUGAGAAAGAAAAGCGUCUAGAGAUAGCUGAAUCCACUAUUCAAGGAACCCGUUAUCAAUUACAAGCCGCUCGUGACCCUGACGUGGGUGUAAAUUCAGUGCGCGUGUACAAAUUAAGCCAGAACGAACAUUUUGAUGUAGAAAUAAGGGACAGAGGAGAAGACAAACUUCCUUUCUUGGUUCUACAAAAGCCCCUGGAUCGCGAGCGCAAAGCUGAGCAUAGUUUAAUUUUAACUGCAAUUGAUGGAGGAAGUCCUAAUAGAUCAGGUACGUUAAACAUAACCAUUGUUGUUCUUGAUGUUAAUGACAACCAUCCCGUGUUUAGUCAAGAUGUAUAUACAACAAUUUUGGAGGAAAACACGCCAAUAGGAACACUAGUACUAAAAAUACUGGCAAAAGAUUUUGAUGAAGGUCCAAAUGGUGACGUGUCCUAUGAUUUUGGAGGUGACGAAAACGCAUUCGAUAUUUUCGGGUUAGAUAAAUUUACUGGUGAAAUCCGAGUAAAAGGUCAGGUAGACUUUGAAAAGAAUAAUAUCUACAAACUAGAUGUUCAUGCUUCUGACAGUGGUCAGCCACCACUGACCACAGACUGUAGAGUUAUUAUAAAGAUACUAGAUGUAAAUGACAACAAGCCCAACAUAGAGGUGACCUCACUGUCUAGUAUAGUUCCUGAAGAUGCCAGACCUGGUACUGUAAUUGGGCUCAUUAGCGUUAAUGACAGAGACAGUGGUGUAAAUGGGAAAGUUGUAUGUUCACUAUCAGAAAGUGCACCAUUCGAAUUAAAGCCAUCAGUUCAGGACAGCAUAUACGCAUUAGCGACUAAGAGACAUCUAGACCGAGAACUCGUCCCACAUUUUGACAUUACAAUAUAUGCAACUGACUUAGGUCAGCCUUCUCUAACCACCACUAAAAUACUAAGUGUCCAGAUCUCAGAUGUAAAUGACAACAAACCAGUGUUUCUUCUCAACCCUCUUGACCUCUAUAUAAAUGAGAAUAAUUCUCCAGGUGCAUCCAUAUUUUCUGUUAGCGCAUCGGACAAAGAUGUUCAAGAAAAUGCUUUGUUAUCCUAUCAUAUUUUAAAGUCCGAUGACAAAAACAAAGACAAGAUGUUAUUCCUAAAUAUAAACUCUGAAACAGGUGUUAUUUAUGCACUAAAAAGUUUCGACUUUGAAAUGCAAAAAAAGUUUCAGUUCCACGUGCUCGCUACAGAUUCAGGAACUCCACCACUGAGCAGCAACGUCACAGUGAACGUGUUCAUUCUGGAUCAGAACGACAAUCUUCCAGUGAUCUUAUAUCCAGUCAAUUCCAAUGGAUCUGCUGAAGGUGUGGAGGAGGUUCCUCGCAAUGUGAACGCAGGACAUUUAGUGACUAAAGUAAGAGCCUAUGACGCAGAUAUAGGAUACAACGGCUGGUUACUAUUUUCACUGCAGGAAGUGAGUGACCACAGUCUGUUUGGUUUGGAUCGCUAUACUGGACAGAUAAGAACCCUCCGCUUAUUCACAGAGACAGAUGAAGCUCUGCAUAAACUGAUCAUACUGGUCAAGGACAAUGGCAACGUGUCCCUUUCAGCAACAGCAACGGUGAUUGUCAAAGUUGUGGAGCCCAAAGAGGCGUUUGCAGCUUCUGAUAUAAGAAACGGAGUAAAGGACGAGGAGAAUAAUGACAUUACAUUUUAUUUGAUCAUCACUUUGGGGUCAGUUUCAGUGCUUUUUAUCAUUAGUAUCAUUGUGUUAAUUGUAAUGCAAUGUUCCACAUCUACAGACUAUUCCUCUAAGUAUUUGCAAGAUACAAAUUAUGAUGGGACCCUUUGCCACAGCAUCCAGUACAGAUCAGGAGAUAAACGCUACAUGUUAGUUGGACCCAGAAUGAGUAUUGGUUCUGCUAUAAUUCCGGGGAGUAAUGGGAAUACUCUAGUGAUACCAGAUCGAAGAAGUAGAGCAUCUGGAGAGGUAAGAGUGCUUUGCUCUAUUUUAUGUAUUAAUAUUAAAUGA